GUCACAUCACGUGGUUUGAGUUAGGCGGGGAAAGGUUUCUCCAGGCUGCUUCUUUAGAAAUGUCAACAAUCGUGAAGAAUAUGGUGUUAUAAAAUAACCACUCCUCUCUGCAUAUAGCAAUAUUUACAAGUUUUUUGCAAAUUAUGUAUAUCUUGAUUGCCUUUAAUUAAUGCACACUCAUAAGAGCAAUUUUUUUACGAUAUGCAUUAUCCUAACCUUACAUUUAGAAAUCAGUAUCAGUGUUACUGAGAUACUUGGAAUUUUUCUACACUUUAUCUAACGGUAAACGAAAUGGCAGCACAAUUAGAGCAUUUAAGGAUUUACUUUGUUACGUGGAAUGUGGCUACCAAGUUUCCGGAACAAGCUCUCCAUCAACUUUUAAAUAUUAAGCAUGGAAUAUUAAAUCCCUUGCCGGAUAUAUUUUUUAUUGGACUACAGGAGGUAAAGGCACAACCACAGAAUAUGUUAUUAGAUACUUUGUUUCAAGAGGAUCCAUGGACCAAAUCGUUUAGAGAUGUAUUAAAAGAUUACGAUUAUGUGAAAAUCCGUUCUCAACGGUUACAGGGGCUCGUUCUAAAUUUUUUCUGUUUAAGAAAACAUAUAACCCAUUUAAGAUUGGUCGAAGCGCAAUAUACAAGAACAGGGUUUGGUGGAAUGUGGGGUAACAAGGGUGCCGUAAGCAUACGAUUUAAUUUGUACGGUGUUAGUAUUUGUGUUGUAAACACACAUCUUACACCCCACGAUCAUCUAUUAGCAGAUAGAAUAUCGGAUUAUAAUACUAUUCUUAGAGAACAUGCUUUUACUGCACCUGACACAUCAAAUAUUUUAUUUCAUGACUAUGUAUUUUGGAUUGGAGAUUUAAAUUUUAGACUUCAUGGAGAAGAUUUAACUGCAGUUGAUAUUGAUUUGUUAGUUAAAAAGAAUCAAUUAAAUUUACUUUUAGAAAGGGACCAAUUAAAGAUGGUGAUGAGAAAUGGUGAUGCAUUUGCUGAACUUCAUGAAAAUGAUAUAGAAUUUCCUCCUACGUACAAAUUUGAAUUUGCUUCCCAAGAUUAUGAUCUCAAGCGUAGACCAUCUUGGACGGAUAGAAUUUUGUAUAAAGUUAAUGCAAAUGUAUAUGAUGAUGUUACAUUAAGUGCAGUACAACUUAAUUACAAAAGUCACCCUAAUUUAAUUCAAUCCGAUCACAAACCUGUAACCGGUGAAUUUAAUAUCACGAUCAGGCCACAUGUGGAAGAUAACGGUGUUGAAUUCCAGCCAGUUACCGCUUGGUUUAUAGAUGAAGAAAAUUCAGUAUCGUAUAGAUUGAUCGGUGAUGUAAGACCAGUCAGUGGUGAUUGGAUUGGUCUUUUUCAUAAUCAAUUUUCUAGUUUAGACGAUUACAUCGUUUAUGAAUACGUUGGACGAGGUAGAACAGGAGAAACUUCAGAAAUAGGGCCUUCUGAACCGUUAACGGAAAGAAUAUUUUUUAACGAAUCGGCCCUUAGAAUUCCUGGAAUGUAUCGUUUAAUUUACGUUGCGCAACGUGGUGAUUUGAAAGGAAUUCUUGGUAUGAGCCCACCAUUUCCAGGUCAUCGUAGACCACUUUGAUCGAAUCUGUCAAAGACCAGAAAAAUUAGUUAAAUUAUUUUUAUGAAAUAGUAAAUAGUCUGGAAAUAUCAACGAAAAUGGAUUUUUAUUGGUGUAUAUGACGAUAUUGAUUGGUAAGAUAGUUUGGUUUGGGUAAUUAAUUUUAAUAGAUAGGCCUAAGAAGAAUAAUUGACCAAAAAGAAUUAUAUAUGUUUUCUUCUUUU